AUGUCUGAAGAGGUCUUCUCGUUCGACUCGUACAACCUGUUCCUAUGCGCGCUCGUCACGUGGUGCCUCCAAAUGACCGGCUUUGCCGUGGCGUACACCUGCCAGUUUGACAAGAUCACCGACUUGCUGGGGGCGACCAACUUUCUCCUCCUCCAGCUCAUGCUGCUGUUCAUCAACGCGAGCUACUCGACUCGGCAGGUUGUGACAGCCAUCCUCAUCUCGGCCUGGGCCCUUCGCCUUUCGGGCUAUCUCUUCCUCCGCAUCCUCACCAUCGGCGAGGACAAGCGGUUCGAGGACCGCCGCGACUUUCUUCCCUUCCUCGGCUUCUGGACCUUCCAGGCCAUCUGGGUCUUUGUCGUCUCGCUGCCGGCCACCUUUAUCGCUGGCAUCGAUGACUCGGACGUGAGCGUCAAGUGGUGGGACGCGGUCGCCUGGAUCGCCUUUGUCAUCGGCCUCGUCAUCGAGGCCGUUGCUGAUCAGCAGAAGUUUGCCUUUCGCAACAACUCGGCAAACAAGGGCAAGUUCUGCGACGUCGGCCUCUGGUCCAUCUCGCGCCAUCCCAACUACUUUGGCGAAAUCCUGCUCUGGUGGGCCAUGUUUGCCUCGGGCGCCUCGGUCUACCACGUCUCGCCCGGCACCUGGUCUGCCGUCCUCUCGCCCAUCAUCAUCACCACUCUUCUGCUCUUUGUCUCGGGCCUCCCGCUCCUCGAGAAGGGUUCCGAUGAGCGCUACGGCCACACCCAUGGCUACGCCGCCUACAAGAAGCGGACCCCGAUCCUCAUCCCCUUCCCGCCGCCGCUCUACAACGGCUGCUCGCCGGGUCUCAAGGCCCUCUGCUGCUGCGAGUGGUCGUGGUACGCCGCCGACAUGGAACUCGGCACCGUCACCUCGUCGACAUCACUCACGUCGGAUGCCGAGAACGGCAACGCCGGCGCCGGCGGCUACUCGGCCUCGUACGAGUCCAUCAAGUCCGACUGGAGUGAGAGCGAGUGGAAGAGCCAGCUCCAAGCAGCUGCUGUUGCUGGCAUCACUCACCUCCUUCACGACUGCAACGCGGGCAACGAGGCGCUCGACGACGACCGCUUGGCCCUGCUGGCUCGGGUGGCAGGCUGGGCACGCGAGCUGGGCCUUGAGUACCACGUGUGGUACCUGAUCUUGCUCUGCAAUCGGCCAGAAGUGCUUGAGGAUUCUGAUCGCGCCGGAUGGUACGCCAUCGCCCGCGAUGGCUCGUCGGCUCGCCAUGCCCCGCCGCACGCGGCUUGGUGCCACUUCCUCUGCCCGUCGGCACCAGACGCCGUCGAGUUUGUCCUGGGCCACGUUGAGGCGCUUGCGCUUGUGCCAGGCGCCGCAGGCGUGCAUCUCGACUACAUCCGCACGCCAUCCAACCGUGGCGAUGCGAGCAACGAUGCCAUCAACUACUGCUACUGCUCGCGAUGCGGCGGGCCCGAUGGCGCCGCCGCCGCGGUCCAGAGCAUCGUUGCCCGCGCAGCAGACGCACUCGCUGUUCAAAACCGUCUCCUCACCGCUGCUGUCUAUCCGAUGCAUGCCGACGCGGCCGCGACCGUCAACCAGCGCUGGCCGCUCUUCCCGCUCGCCGCUGUCCUGCCGAUGGCGUAUCCCACCUACCACGGCAAGACCAACGCGUGGAUAGCCGACGUUGCUGACGACGCCCGCGCUGUCGUCGAUGCCUCUGUCGCAGUCAUCCCGGGCCUCCUCUGCGAAGCCUUUGCCUCGGCUAGUGAGCUCCGUAGCGUCCUUGCGCUUCUUGACAGCCACCUUGGCCCGUCCGAUGGUAUCGCCUUCUUUACCCUAGACACCUAUCUUGCGCUCCUCACCAGUGAAAAGUCUUGACGGC